AUGGCGAAGAAGGGAUUCGAUAGGGCCAGUGGCCAAGUAUACACGGACAGUGUCAUCCCAUCUUUCAUUUAUCCAUCAGACGCCGCAGGGCCAUCUUGGAGCCAUGAAUCGCCCUUCCUGCCUCCAGGGUGGGAAGAAGGCAGCCCGUGCGGUGCCAAUACAUUAAAACAUAUGGCCAUGCGGAAAACCCUCCUGGACCAGCGUCCACUCACCGCAGGGCAUUUUGCGGACUGCCCCUGGGAACUAGCCAAGUACUUGUGGGAUUGCUUAGGCCGCUGCAGAAGACGGACCAUGCAUAUGUGGAAAAUAUUCACAACAGCGUACCCCAACGAGUUUUCCAAAAUGGAACCGCAUUAUUCUCUGAAAACUUCGACUAAGAAAAUGCCUCUUCUCGCUUACUUCCAGCUAAUUAACUCUCCAUCGCUGAGUUGGGGUACCGUUUUGAGCAUCUCAACGGAUUAUGCUGAUCUCCAUGAUCUUGUUGAGAUAUCAAAGAUUAUCAACUUGGUAGCAUUGGAUAUCACUGCUCCAUUGUUUGUGAAACCCUCCGCUGAUGAGGGCAAUGACAUGCCAAUAGCCAUGCUAACUGAUCGCCUUAUGAGGAGCUGGAGCGAGCUGGCGUUGAGAAAUGAAGCCUUCCAAAACCUACGGGUAUUGAUGCUUCGCUUACAGCCCGACAUCACUGUACGGGUUUUCUCAUACCUAGACCGGUUUCCUUCACUUGAGGUUCUCAUUGCAGUGGGUUGCCCACAGUUCGCAGACGAAAGCGCCAAAGGUGUCGGUGAGAGGCAUGGCUGGCUCACUCGUAGAGUCAAUGCCACCAACAAAACAGUAGAUAAAUGUUUCAGAAGCUACAUUACAUCUGCAAAUGGAGUGGAUGACUCGAAGAUGUUUGAGAUAGGUUCACUCCCGGUGCUGGAGUUUUCCCUGGGAGCCCCAGAUGUGAGAGAGUACAAGAAGACACACAAGUCAGUGUGGUUUCAUCGGCAGAUACGAAACUCCAGUGCUGCGUUAUCAAGCGGCAAACGAACCACCGCGCCAGGGGAUGACAAUACAGCGACCAAUGCUAAGAGACAGCGCAGCAAACCUGUGCCAAAAACCCAGCGAAACAUUGACAUGGCUGGUUUACUUGCAGAAUUCCAAAGGAAGUACUAUUGCCCCACCAUGGAUUGGUAG